CAUAAGAACACAACAGUAAUACAUAGUGGCAUUGAUCCCAAGUCCUUCCCAGCCAAAGCGUCUCAUUGCGAUAUUCAGUUCGUCCACUUAUAGCAAAAAUGACUGCAGAGGCUUUGGGUGUUGACUCCGGGGGGUCUCCAAUCGAACCUCAUCUCAACGGCACCAAGAAGGAGGCGCGAAUCAAUACAAAUGGUGUUGAAUCGUUGACGCGAGGGCCCAAGGGUGCAUAUCCGCGGUCGACUCUGAAGUUGGACGACCGGCAUAUUGACGAACCUAGGGAGAUCAGAGUGGCCAUGAUUGGUGCUGGUAUCCACGGGAUCAUCGCAGGAGCUCUGCUUCCGGUAAAAGUUCCGGGGAUAAAACUGACGAUAUUUGAGAAGAAUGCUGAUGUGGGUGGCACAUGGUUUGAAAAUGUGUACCCUGGGGUUCGCUGCGACAUUCCAGCUCAUGUCUAUCAGUCGAGCUUCGAGCCAAAUACGCAAUGGACCGAGCAGUUUGCCCAAGGUGCAGAAAUCAAAAAAUACUGGCAAGGGGUCGCGGAUAAGUACGGCGUGUAUCAUCAUCUAAAGCUGUCCCACCAGGUUGAAGGUCUGCAAUGGGACAAUGAUGGCUCAAUUUGGAAAAUCGCCGUCACAAACCUCAACACGAAAGAGACUUUUGAACAUGAGGCAGAUUUCGUCCUCACAGCCAUUGGAAGAUUCAAUGCCUGGAAGUUGCCAGAAUACCCAGGGGUUAAGGACUACAAGGGUCUUCUUAGACAUGCCUCGCAUUGGGACCCAACCUUCGACCCAUCUGGUAAGAGAAUCGCAGUUAUUGGAAUUGGCGCAAGCGGCAUUCAGCUCACAGCCAAUAUUCAAAAGCACGUUGCCCACCUGGACCACUACGCCAGAAACAAGACCUGGAUCGCCGCAUCUUUCUCUGGGGAUGAGACAUCUAUCGAGCCCAUACCGAUCGACCCGGUGCUUCGAGAGUCUUUCAAGGACCCAGCUGAGUACUUGAAAUUUCGAAAAGACGCCGAGGAGAAGUAUUUCAGGGGCUUCUCUGCCUGGUCCAAGGAUUCGAAGCUCAACGAAGAAGCUCGGGACACGUUUGUAGAGCUCAUGAGAAAGCGGCUGGCCAGCAAGCCAGAGCUGUUGGAACGGCUCGUGCCGGAUUUCUCACCCCACUGCCGACGUCUGACCCCUGGUCCUGGCUAUUUCGAAGCAAUCACCGCAAACAACGUAGAUUACGUGCAAGCUCCGAUUCAGCGAUUCACCGAAACCGGCAUAGAGACAAUAGACGGCAAGCACCGUGAGGCUGAUGCGAUAUUCUGCGCUACUGGUGCCAAUAGGGACAUGGUUCCCCCUUUCAGAAUCGUUGCGCACGGGAAAGAUCUCACAAAGCUCUGGGCCGAGGGGGGCGAGUACGGGUUUCCGUAUACCUACCUCGGGCUUUCCACUCCAGGGUUUCCGAAUCUUGGGUUUCUGGGUGGGCCUAACAGUUCCGGUCGGUCUGGCACAGUUCCUCACGGGGCGGAGAUACAGGCAACUUUCUAUACGAAGUUGCUCAGGAAGCUUGGGCGCGAGGGCAUCAAGACGAUACAACCUUUGAAGGAGGCUACUGACGACUUCGUGAGUUAUUCAGACUCGUUUUUUAAUACUACAGUGUUAUCAGAGAACUGCAGCUCGUGGUACAAUGGUGGUAAACCGGGAGGUCGAAUUCAUGGAUUGUGGCCGGGUAGUGCGACUCAGUUGACUAUGAUUCUCCGAGAACCGCGUUGGGAGGAUUGGGAGUAUGAAUAUUUGUCCAAAACAGGCAACAGGCUGGCCUGGUACUUCGGGAACGGGUGCUCCAAGAAGGAAUUGGAUCCAGAGGCGGACUUGACACCGUAUCUGAAGGUGCCUUUGGAUAUCGAUAUUAGAGACAUACAUGAGAACUGGUGGAGUGUUCCUUGAGAUUCGCCAUAGGUUCAGUCGAAUAGAUCUACUAGAAUACGAG